GCUUGUGCACAGGUUCAACGGGUUUGUCUAAAAGAACCGAUUCAGUUGGACGAUUCAUUCGCGAGUCGGACGUUUCCACAGCGGCAGCGGCGGCGGAGCACAGCUGGAGGAGGAGGAGGCCGGGCCGGAGCAUAGCGAGUCUCCGCCGGGGAAUGGACCGCGCUUGAUCCGGAGAGGGUUUUCUGCAAACCAGAAGAGACAUCAAUGAGUCAUGGAGGACGGUGGUGGCUUCAUAGAAUUUGAUGUGCCUGAGUUCAGCAACACUGUCUUGAACCAGCUCAAUGAGCUCCGGCUCCAGGGUAAGCUCUGCGACAUCAUCGUGCACAUCCAGGGCCAGCCAUUCAGGGCACACAAGGCUGUUCUGGCCGCCAGCUCACCCUACUUCCGUGACCACUCAUCUCUGGGCACCAUGAGUGGUCUCUCCAUCUCCGUGAUCAAGAGCCCUGAGGUUUUCGAGCAGCUGCUGGCCUUUUGUUACACGGGCCACAUGGAGCUGCGUCUGCGCGAUGUCAUCAGCUUCCUAACUGCUGCCAGCUUCUUGCAGAUGCAGUCCGUCAUUGACAAGUGCACACAGAUUCUGGAGGGCCUCCACUCCAAGAUCAGCCUGCCUGUGCCCAGUGAAGCAGAUGCCGAUGAAGAUUGCGCCACCUCCAGGGCUGGACGCAACGGCUUGAUAGAAGGGGGUAUUUUCGUAAAUCCGACCCAGAUUUCCCCACCGUUCUACUCACGGAAGAGCCACUGCGGAGAGGCGAGAGGAUCAAGCAGGGGGCCUCCACACUCGGCCGAAGAGGGCCAGUCGGACCGCGGCAGCAGUGACGGCGUGUCAGAGCAGGAGGUGUCCAUGGAGACUGAGCCAGAACAAGUGGACCUGAUUGGAAAAGAUGGUCAAGUAACAGAUGUCCACGUCAAGCUAGAGAAAACGGACCGGCCCACCUACUCGGACAGCUCGUCGGCAGGCGACGACGGCUACCAUACGGAACUGGUAGACGGGGAGCAGGUGCUAGCUGUGAGCGUGGGUUCAUAUGGGCCUGUGCUGCCCCCUGCAAGCUAUACCUAUUCGGCAGUUCCAUCGUCCUGCUUUGUCAGCGUCAGUCCAUCCAGCCCCUCUCGAUCAAUUCUCAGUGGUUUCCGAGGUGGUCGCGGCAGGCCUAAGCGCCCGGUCCCGGUCCCGGCCGAAGUAGUCACUCAGCUCAGGCCAGGGGCAGAGGACGGGGAGGGAGCAGCCGCAGGGGCCACCUUUGAGAAUGAUAUGAGGGAGCGCAGUCUGCGCAGCCAGUGGUACCCCUUCAACGAGCGCCUCAUCUGCAUUUACUGCGGCAAGUCCUUCAACCAGAAAGGAAGCCUCGACCGCCACAUGCGUUUGCACAUGGGCAUCACACCUUUCGUCUGCAAGUACUGCGGCAAGAAGUACACCCGCAAAGAUCAACUGGAGUAUCACAUCCGUGGCCACACCGACAACAAACCCUUCCACUGCCAGAUCUGUGGCAAGUGCUUUCCCUUCCAGGGCACUCUAAACCAGCACUUGCGAAAGAAGCACAUGGGCUCAGGCAACGAGGCCAACAACCUCACAGACUCUCUGGGGGAAGCAGCAGAUGGCCAGAGGGGGGCAGCAGAUGAGGCCUCGGAUGUCAUCUGCAGAGCUCCGUAUGCCGACGAUGGGCCGGCGAAUGACAACGGCGAAGAGAAUGCCAAGUGUAGUCCUGCAGAAGCCCCUGUUUCCAGAUGUGAUUAUUAAAAAAAAAAUCUCAAUUUAAAUGGGUUGUUUAUCCUGAGCCAGGAAGCUUUAAAGGUUGCUCUAUCCAUGGUCACCUUUUUUAAAAGAAUCAGCCGAAUGGACGAUGAACCUGCCUUGCGCAUUUUCUAUUUUUCUGUUUUUGUGAAAGUUAUCUGUUGGUGUAACGCAGGACUUAAAAAGAGAGGUGUUUUUAAGAAACAAGUUUUUCAAAGGGAAGACGUCAAGUAGCUGGGGAAGAGAAUUGGGUAGAAGGUCUCAAUAAUCAAGGCCUUCAGGAAUUUAUCACAUUUUUAUGAAUAUAUAUAUAUAUAUUUCCAUGUUUUUAAGCGUAGAGAAAUAUAGGCAUGUUGCAAUAAUUAACAAUGUGAAAGCUGAGAUAAGAUGCUUGUCAUAUCAUGCUUUUACCUAACCUGUUUUUGCACAUGUGGCCAGAAGUAGGCCCAUCACUCACAAGGAUUGGUUUUAUCUGCCAGUGCAAAAGCUUUGUGUGAAACAUCCGUUCAAUACCUCAUCAUACAACGUAACAUACUCAUAACAGACAGUAUUGUAAGCUUUUCCUCAACUCCAACCGGGUUCUACCUCAUAGCCAAGAACCUGACAGGAAGCAAAGAAGCCUCUAAUAAAAAAAAAAAAAGACACAUAUUUGUUUUGUUUCAUAGGGUUUAAAUGCUUCACAUAGCAAAAUCCUGGCACAAAACAUCAUCACUACACGAAGCCUUGGUACUUCAGUGAAAUAUUCCUUAGAGAUUGUAUGAAAUUUGAAUUUCUCAUUGUUCUUUUAGUGAGAUUAUGUAUGUUUUUGCAAAGGGUGCUUAAGAGGGUGGUAUGGUUAAGGUGUAGCCUAAAAGAUGUGUAUGCCACCUGGUGUAUCACAGACUGGGGAAUGAAUCCCUGAAUAGCAUGAUGAAUAUCAUUAUUUCUUUCUGUCAACUUGAUCUAACUUUUGUAUUUAGAGUUUAUGCUUACAGAGGGAAGUAAAUAUUUAACAUAGUCGAUUGAGUAUAAGGUUAAGAAAACCGCUCUUCUUAUAUAUAUAUAUCUGCAGAGUUCUAUUAUGGAAAUAGCUCAGAAUUAACUUGACUUUUGCUUAUAAUCAGCUUAUACCAUUUCUGUUUAUUUUGCCCUUUUUUUUAUUAUUAUUCAUUGAAAACAUAUAAUGGUCAGUUUUCCAGGUGCAGAGUAAUUCUAGCUCUGGACCAAAUUCUCUGCUGAUCAGCAGGUGAGAAAUUCUUGAAAACCAACAAUGUUGAACUUGUCAGUGUAAUAAUCUGUUUUGAUUUAGUGUAGUAUGGUUUUACAGGUAAAACAAAUGUUAUUCAUGUCAGGAACCGAAAGCCAAGGUUUAUUUCAGUGCAUUAACACCAUACAGUAUUUAGUUCUAUUCUUCAUAAGUAAUGUCUUCUUCAAUUUACAGUUAAAAAUGAAUGCUGAAAUCUGUUACUAUGUGUCAAAAUCAACAUAGUGUAUUAACUCUGCCAUUUUGUCAAAAAAAAAAAAAGAAUUUGGAAGUCAGUCUGUGCUUAGAUCUUAAUAACAGCUCUGCUGUGCCACAUGGACAUUUCUGGGGAUUUAUAGCUUUUGUUGCCUUUUAAUAAAUAAAUAAGUAAUUCUAGUUUGAAGAAACGGAAACACUGUAGUGUUGGCGUAUAUGACAGAGGGACACAGAGAGAGUGAGGGAGAGAAUAUUAACAACUCCAUCCUGGUAAAGAAAUGUCUGAAAUGUAAGUGUAAGUUUAGCAAUUGUUAUUUUGAGGCGAUGCAGGUACAACCAGGCUUCCGUCCAUUUGUCUGCUGUGUAGGAAACGCAGAUACCACACAUUCUUGAAUUAGUAAUUUACCUGUUAAAAUACAGAUGCCUUCCUGCAAACACGUUUGACAUUAGUUAAUAUAUUCUAACUGAAAUCACAUUAUACGAUUUUUAAAUAAUUAACUAGCAUUUGACUGCAUGAAAUAAGUAUUUGAGGUGAUCAAGUGCUUAUUUCAUGCAGUAAAGUGCAAAUGAAUUAAUUUUGUAAAAAUCAUACAACGUUAUUUUCUGGAUUUUUUUUGUGUCUCACAGUUUAAGUGUACCUACGAUAAAAAUUAAAGACCUCUCCAUUCUUUGUUGGUGGAAAACUUGCAAAAUCUGAAGUUAAUCAAAUACUCAUUUUCCCCACCGUAUGUAUAAAACUUACUACUGAAGAAGCCAAAUCACAGCUCCAUCUAGGUAUAAAGGAUAAAGAAGAGUUGCAGCAUGUUUUUUUUAUUUAAGAAGUGUACAGAAGACUUUUCUAGUCAUUCUAGUGCCUUCAAAUUUCUACAGUGGAUAUGUGUUACUCUCUCCAUCUCUCCGUCUUUGGACACUAAAUACACAGUUAAGCAGAAUCUGAUGAAACCUCGUGUUGACAGUUGGCUCUGAUCAACAUUUUAUAGGGAUUAUUGUAAUGAUGUUUUCUCCUGAGAGAGUUCAUUAGUGUUUUCAGUUUUCUUAACAAAUCACACGUUUCUAGCAGGGUCAGAGACAGAAAUGAAGCAUUAUCUCUCAGUAUCUCCUGAUACAGGCUCAAAAGUGACAAUCUUUAGCCUUUUUUUGUUUGUUUGUUUGUUUGUUUUUGUUUUUUUGAAGUGAGUGAUUUACAUUGCUCUCAAUUUUGUAGUCCUCAAAAUUCCUCUACCAUAUUAGUUAUUGUAUCAGAAUGUAAUUUGUAAUUCUUAACGCUCCAUCAGACUGAAACACGCUUGUGUUGCACACUGCUCAAGGGCUCCUCGCCUGUUUAUUACAUACCCCACUUAGUGUGUGUUUCAACAUCAAGCUCUAUGGGUGAAUAUUCUAGAAUAUUACAAUAUCCAGCAACUAUAGCACUUACACAUCAUUCCCUAUUAUGUGGCGUUUUUUUCUUUGUUUUCUCAAACUGUAUCAGUUGGGGUUCCUUACAAUUGUGUUACCCAGUGGUGCUUUUUGUUAUUUUACAUUUACUUUAUAAAUACCUCUGGCACAGAGUGAACUCGGAUGAUGUGAACAUUCUUCUCCGUUUUCCACGUUACUAUUAAGGAAAUUGUCAAAACCGUUUGUCUUACAAAUGUGUUGCGUGUUGCCUGUUCCAUAAUGAGAAAAGGCAACCCUUCAUUCUCAGAGUUUCUGCUGUUUAUUUUUCUGUGUCCUGAUUGGAUGUUCCUCUUGCUGUUUUGAAGACUGGAAGAUGAUGAACCAUCUAUUCAGAUUACUACAGUUUUAUAAUCUGACCAUACAUUUGGCACUGAGCCCAAUCAGCUGAAGUCAUGUCUUCACUUCUUUGUUUAUCCACAAAGUUUUUAUUAUUUUUUUUUUUAACAAUUUUGAGAGCUGCCUGCUUGUGAUCUGUUUAUGUCUGAGAAACCAGAUUCAGAUUAGUUUAUCAACUCCGCUCCAUCUAGUUUUAAUGCAGUUUUGGCCACUAACCAAAGAGAAAACCAAAUAUGUUAAUGUUUUCUGUACUAUAACAUUCUAAAAAGAGCAAACCAAGCCCUAGAACAAGUGAUUCUGCAGAUUAAAACUUUUUUCUUUUUUUUUUAACCAGAUUUUCACUGUUUCAUGAUCAGGAAGAAAUGUUACUGAGAUUUUAGUUUAACCCUUUUUUUAUCCUCUUUUUUUGUGAACCUAAUGAAAGAACUUUGUGAAAGCAAAGUUUAAGGUAGAUGCAAAAUAAGCCAUAAAAGCAUGUGGUGCAAGGCGAGGCUUUUAAGUGUUUCAUUUUCUUUAAAAUAGAAAUAGCUAGUCAAUUCUUAUUGAGAUGGGGGAAUAACAAUUGAAUGUGUGCCUUGCCACCAAAAAUGUAAAUUUCACUGAUAUAUCCCUUCUCCAAGUGAUUCUCAUGUUACACAAGUUAUAGUUUUAUGAUCUAAUUUCUGUAUGAAUUCACUAAUUCAGUCUGAUUCAAUGUAUUGAAAUUCAUCUGAGGAUUUACAUUUUUCAGUUUUGUUUUUUUGUUUGUUUGUUUUUUUGGCGUACCUUAAAUCUGCCUGUUAACCUUUACAUUGUGUCAUUUUCACUUUUAUAAUGGUUGGAUAAAUACUUUAAAUAGCCUUCCAUUAAAAUGUUAUUGUUUUGUUUUAAUUUUUUUUUUGCUUUUUUCUUGUUUUUUUCCUGUAAAGCAACAGCAACUAUAUCAACCUCUAGUUAUUUUUCUUUUGCUUUUAUGUUUGUAAUCUGUUUUAUUGAGGCUUUUUUAUAUUUUUUUUAUCUUAUAAAAGAUGCCUGCAUAAUUGAUGAUAGAUAACAUGCAGUAGCAGAGAUUUUGCAUUAAAUGUAAUAUGCAGUUUUGACAGGAAGAGAUUGUAGCAAGUCGUAUGAAAUGGGACAAUCAGACAGCUUCACACACUGGAAGCUACCUCUUAAUACAAAAAAAAAACAUUGAAUUUAAACUUGGAGUAUUCAUUUAGCUUUUGAUAAAACUUUGCCAGAAUGAUUCUUUCUAGUGUGCCGGCCGCUCUGCAGGUAACUGAUUUUGGCAGAGUGGGUGGGGAUGGCCGGUGGGGGUGGUGGAAUGCAUGCUAGACCAUUUGUAGAUGUAAGAUGUACUGCAUGGUGGUCACUGCGUAUAUAAUGAAAUGCAGAUUUUUUUUUUUAGUUUGUUUUUUGAAUGGUGGGGGAUUUUUUAAAAUCUGGCAUGCACUUAAGAUAAAACCGUUUUUAAAUAGUCUAAACAUAUAUUCCAUAUUCCUUUUAGAAGGGGUAAGCUAAUCAUAUAUUACUGCUCUUUAAUGGGACUCAAAUAGAAGGCCUCAACUAUUUUAUUUCUAAUGAGGUUUAAAUUAAUAAAAUGGUGCUGUUAGACUGGUCAGGUGUAUUUAUUGAUUUUUAUAUAAAAGACAGUGCAUACAUAUAGGCUAUGGGGCAAUUAAAGGUAAGGUUCAUUGCAUAUUUGUAAGUGAUUUUAAAAAUGAUAAAAGAUUUGCAUUAUUUGUCCACAGUUGACAGCUAUAACAGAUUCGUAUAUACAAGUUCACUCUGUCUGUUCAAGUCUUCACAGAAAAGCGGGAGUCGUCGUGGGCCGUGUAGAAUAAUUGAAAAGAAGUGUUUACAUGGAAGGUUGUGGGACUACUUUUUGAAUUUGCAGCUUAUCCUUUUAUUAAAGCUGACUUACUUCAGGUAGUUUAUGAACACUGAUAUUAGUUUUAAAGAAAAGGAAAUCUUGAAGUCUUCCAUUGCUUCUCUGCUUCCAACAUUUCUCCACUGUGUAAUAGGCAAAAGCAAUAACCUUUUUAAGGCAGUUUACCUCUCGAAAUACGGAAGUGUCACGUCUCUAAACGAGUGGAUUCAGGUUGUCAGGGAGUCAAGUAAACUCAAGACGAGGAGAGGAUUUAGUUUAGUUUAGGUUUUAUUUUAUUUUUGAAUGAGAUUUUGUGAACAUUUGGACAUGUCGAGUGAAAAUGCUUGUAAGUCGUGGCUUUCUUGCGGCCGCCGUUGUCCACAGCCCUGUAGAGUGAAGGCUAUGAGUUUCAGAGCCUUGUGCAUGUGGAGCCUUUUGGUUGUUUGUCUGUUUGUUUGUUUGUUUGUUUGUUUUGUUUGUGUCUGUUUUUGUACUCCAUCCAUCUGCCACCUCAAUGCAAGCUGGUUAAAUGUUGCACCUUUUAUCUGUGUCAAAUAUGAAAGGGAUUUUGGGAGGGAUACCCUGCUUCUGUGAGAGCCAAAAAGAUCUCCUCCACUUCCUCCUGUACUAAGACUGCUAAAUGAAUUGGACAAUCAGAAACUGAACAGGCUAUACUAAAAUUCUAAUGUCUGGAAUUCUGAUUUUGAGCAGUCUGAAAUUCUGUUUCUGCUCAGAUUUCUCAUGUAUAUGGUGAAAAGGCAAAAAAAAGUAGAACUCAGGGCUUACUAGUAUUCAGAAAUGGCCACUUUGGGCAUGCAAUGCAUUUUGUGUGUUCAAGUCAACUUAAUUGUGCACUUUUACUUCAGGUUGGGGAAGCGAAUCCUCAGUCGUUGGUUCCCAAAAAAAACUCUCUGCCUCAUGGGUGUCUCGGACACACCCACCUUUUAUUUUAUUUCCGUUCUUGCUUUCCGUCUGCAUGGGAAGAGCACAGAGCUUCAGCACUGAGGAACACUGGAGAUCUUUUAGCUUUGGCUGUAGAAGUAUCUCUCUGCCCACUCUCUGUAGUCCACUAUACUUACAACCUCACAAACCCUACUGUGAACCUCAGAACUCUACUGUUUUAUACAACUAUGAAGUACAUGAAGCUAGCUGGUGCCGAUGCUGUAACAAUUAACUCGCCAUUUAUGAAUUUUAUUUUAUAGCAUGAAAUAUAAGAUUUAUAUUUAUUCAAAUUAUAUAUUUUGCUCAUAAUCAGUCUGUGCUGCUUUUUUAUUUUUGUUUUAAAGAGCUUGUAAAUUGCUUUUUUAUGAUGGAGAAAUGUCAAUAGAUACUAAAAUUGCAUUUGUUUGUAAAAUAAAGUUGCUGAUUUAGCAAA